GGCACUGGAGUCCACCAUCAAAUCCGGCCCCCACUCUCACACCAACGCGGGCGGGCGUGAGAAAUCUGGGAGGGAAUUCGGCCCCCACCCGCACCCAACGCAGCGGAGAGAACCAGAGGAAGAGUCGCUGGAGAAGAAGAAUCGUUUCUCCCACCUUCGAAUCUUCUUCAAUCUUCCCCUAUUCACCCCUUCAAUUCCCAUUAUUUUAAUCUUAAAUCUUCGCACUCCAUUUCCGCCUCAACAGGAUUAGUUCAAAAAACCCCUCCCCUCGCUUUUUUCCUUCUCGCACUCCAUCUCUGAUUUGAUGGAGUCUUCGGGAUCGGAAUCGUAAGGGGCGCGGGCGCGAUGCAGAGGAAGGAGAUGCAUCCGCUGUGCUGCAUCUCGAUCGACUGCCCUGGGAUCGGGGACCGGUCGCCGGAGCCGGAGGAGAGGGAAACGGCUCCUGAAGAGCGGGGUGGGGCAGAGGGCAAUGCUGGCGGGGAAGGGGAAUCGGAUGUCAGCGUUGCUGGCGUGCUGUACAAGUGGACCAACUUUGGCAAGGGUUGGCGAUCACGAUGGUUCACGCUGAGGAACGGCGUGCUUGCCUACUCCAAGAUCCGUCGGCGGGAGGAGCGGUUAUACGUCGGCGACCACGUGCGGGUAAUCGGCGCCGCGUCCGCACGGCUUUCGCGGGCGAUGGAGGACGGCGCUGAAGGGAGGAGGCUGAAGAAUCCGGUCGGUGUUGUUUAUCUCAAGAUAGCAUCAUUUCGGGAAAGCAAAUCUGAUGAUAAGCGAUUCUAUAUAUUUUCUCCUACAAAAACACUUCAGUUGAAAACCAGUUCAAAGGAAGAUCGUCAGGCCUGGAUUAAAGCUUUGAUUUCAGCAAGGACUAAAUUAUCCCUGCCAGAAAAUCUAUCUUUAUUUCGAAAUGAUAUAACUUUUUCAACUGAAAAUCUUAAAACACGCAUGCGCGAAGCUGGAAUUAAUGAAGGACUCAUCAAGGAUUGUGAACAGAUAAUGCAGACAGAAUUCUCCGAAUUCUAUAGACAGUUGAAGCUACAUUAUGAGGACCAUUUAGACUUUAUUGGCUCAUAUCAGCAGCAAUUGGAGGGGGUCAAUGUGGAAGAUGAUACAAGAACAGUACAUGACGAAUCACUGCAGUUGAUGAAGCAUGAAUUUUCUUGCUCUGGGCAUGGAAAAUUCAGUGAGUACAGUACCACAGAAUCAUCUGAUGAUGUUGAAAAGCAAGAACUUGAGGAACUUUCUGAUGACGAAGGGCCAUGUUUUUUUGAUACGAAGGAAUCUUUCAGCGACACGAAUGUAAUAGUUGCAUCUUCAGUGAGAACCACAGAUAUUGCUGAUGAGAUUUGUAGUAGUAAAGAUCAGUCAGAUGGUAGAGAUAUGAUGAUACAUGUUGAAACAGAACCUAAGCAUUAUCAUAAGUUUCCACAUGUUGAAAGGCGCGAGAAGAUGCCGGAUCCUGUUGAGAAAGAAAAGGGUGUAAGCCUUUGGUCUAUGAUCAAAGAUAAUAUUGGUAAAGAUCUCACGCGAGUAUGCCUUCCUGUUUACUUCAAUGAACCAUUAUCAUCGCUGCAAAAGUGCUUUGAAGAUUUGGAAUACUCGGAACUUUUGGAUAAAGCUUAUGAAUAUGGAAAAAUGGGAAACAGUCUCAUGAGAAUUCUGAAUGUAGCUGCCUUUGCAGUCUCUGGAUAUGCCUCUUCUGAUGGUCGACUAUGCAAACCAUUCAAUCCGUUGUUAGGAGAAACAUAUGAAGCUGAUUAUCCUGAAAAAGGAGUUCGCUUUUUCUCAGAGAAGGUUAGCCAUCACCCCAUGCUGGUUGCUUGCCAUUGUGAAGGGAAUGGGUGGAAAUUCUGGGGUGACAGCAACCUCAAGAGCAAAUUUUGGGGGCAGUCGAUUCAGCUCGAUCCUGUAGGUGUUUUAACCCUUGAGUUUGAUGAUGGUGAAACAUUUCAGUGGAGUAAAGUCACAACAACUAUUUACAAUAUCAUUCUUGGUAAAGUAUACUGUGACCACCAUGGAACAAUGAACAUCCAUGGAAACUUCCAAUACUCAUGUAAGCUCAAAUUCAAAGACCACACGCUCCUGGACCGCAAUCCUAGGCAGGUGCACGGCUUUGUUGAGGAUGUUACGGGAGUUAAAGUUGCUACAUUGCUUGGUAAAUGGGAUGAUCAUAUGCAUUACGUUAAUGGAUAUGAUGCUUCCAAGAUCAAGGUUUCUGUUAUACCCCGUGAUGCAUCUUUGUUAUGGAAAAAGAACGAUCCUCCUGCAAACCCUACACGGUAUAACCUGACAUCAUUUGCAAUUACACUAAAUGAAUUGACCCCUGGAUUAAUGGAGAAACUCCCACCUACAGAUUCGAGACUAAGACCAGACCAACGGUAUCUUGAAAAUGGAGAAUAUGAGAAGGCAAAUCAAGAAAAGCUGCGCCUAGAGAAGAGGCAACGAAUGUCGACAAAACUUCAAGAGGAUGGAUGGAAGCCCAGGUGGUUCAGGAGGGAGAAUGAACAAGGAACUUACCGUUAUGUUGGAGGAUAUUGGGAAGCUAGGGAGCAGACGCGGUGGGAAGGAUGCCCAAAUAUUUUUGGUGAAUUUUCAAAUUUCAACGACAAACUCUGAAAUUUCACAUGGUUAGAUUGACUUUGGGCAGAGGAAUUACAUGGAAGUUAUUGUUAUGUAUAAUUUAUCUAAUUAUUUUUUAAUUGACUGCGAGUUAUGAAGCUCAAAAUGUCAAUAGGGCAUAUUGUAAGCACUUAGUAUAAAGGUAGUAGCUGCUUCAAUUUUCUGUAAUUGAUUAUUAAUUUUUGUGCAUCCCCUUCUAUUCAAAUUUCUAUUGUGCAUUCAUACCA